ACAAGGAAAACGAGGGAAAGGAAAUCAUCAAAGAAAAUGUUGAGCACAGUUACAGUUAUUUUGUUUAUUAGCUUUGUAAAAGGGGAUUUAGUCAUUGGAUGUGUACAACCUUGUAUAUGUUUUGGUACAAGUGUUAAUUGUACUCUAAAGAAUUUAACGGAAAUACCACCAAAUAUUCCCUCAGAUACAACAGAAUUAUAUCUUAAUGGAAAUAACUUGACCUCACUAGUACCGAAUGACUUAUCAGGUUUAACAUUCCUUAUAGUACUAGAUUUAAGUGAGAACAACUUAGAAAGUUUGCCAAAAGGUCUGCUGUCAUCGAACACUAAUCUUCGAGUUUUAGAUUUAAGUGAUAACAACAUAAUAAGUUUAUCAAAAGAUCUGUUAUCGACGACUACGAAUCUUAACUCUUUAUAUUUAAAUGAUAACAACAUAAUAAGUUUACCAGAAGGUCUGUUAUCGAUGACUACGAGUCUUGAAUAUAUAUAUUUAAAUGAUAACAACAUAAUAAGUUUACCAGAAGGUCUGUUAUCGAUGACUACGGAACUUCAGUCAUUACAGUUAGAUAAUAACAAGUUAGUAAGUUUACCAGAAGGGUUGUUAUCAACGACUACGAAACUUGUUAUUUUAUUUUUAAGGAAUAACAACUUAGAAAGUUUGCCAGAAGGUCUGUUAUCGACGACUACGAAGUUUCAACUUUUGAAUAUAAGCGGCAACGCAUUGAAAUGCUGCCUUAUGAAAAAUGUGAUAAAAAGGUUAACAACGGUCAAUUUUGUGAUCGGCACCUGCGAGGAUUUCAACACAACGACAGAAAUUACAAGUUUCAAUACUUCAGACUGCAGAAUUCCACUUGAUGGAGGAUGGAGCCCUUGGUUCAACUCGUCAUGUUCUGUUACUUGUGGAGAUGGCGUCCUUAGCAAAAACAGAACAUGUGACAACCCCACACCGUCUGACGGUGGACUUUAUUGUGUUGGUUCCGAAACCGAAACAUCUUUCUGCAACUUAGGAAAAUGUCGUUCAGAAUCGUGCAAUCAUUCAAAGUAAGGAUCCGGCAACAAAUCAGGAAAGUUUCGACAAUAAAUCAGCGAAAAAAACAGCGUAAAAGGAAAGCCAUGAAAAACCAAAAAAGAAGGGACAACUGAGGGGAAAUACAAAUAUAGUCAUCAUCGUCAUCAUUGUGGGAAAAGUCAUUCUUUGCCUAGUUUUAAAUUUUGUCUGGCAAUAUCUUAGCUACAAUUUUUGUGGUUUACUUUCUCUCGAGCGUAAACUUAGUUGUAUGUCGUAGUAUUAAAAUCAGUUAUUAGCUGAUAUGAUUUUUAUUAGACCUUUUAUUGCAUUGCAUUUGUUUAUUAAUAACAUGUAUGACAUAAAUUUAUGAAAUUGUGUGGGAUGAAACGUUGGUUAAUUGAAGCAUUUGCUUUUUUUUGUAUCAUUUGAUAAUACUGUGUGGGAAUAUUGUGGUAAUCUUUCAUUUAUAUCUUUUGAAUCAUUGAUGUAUGCGACUUUCUCAAUAAAUGUGGGUAUAGA